AUGUCCGGACUGGUCAGCCCUUCUUUACCGGAUGGCACCCGGCGAAAUCAUAGACGACGUUUGAAUAGAUCCAGCGACGAAGAAGAACAGCAUCUCCCGCUGACCCCGGUAUCGAUCGCCUCAAACUCUGAUUCCUUUGUCAGUAUCCCGGAAAAUCUCGUCUCUCUUGCCACCUUUGAGCAUCUGGGUUAUAACUCUGAAACUGCAACUCGUAUCUGGGAGUAUUGGACCAACUGGCCAACUUGGGGAUCUCAGAGAGGGACAGAUGACAUCGGUGGUGUACCAUUUAUCGAGGUCGCCGAAUAUUAUAUUAAUAGCUCCCUCGACACCUGCGAAGAUGAUGAUGAUCAGUGGUUGCACUGUAUGAAUUUAUACGGAAUCAACUGUGAGUUUCAGGAGGCCAUUAUGGAUCCCAAAUUCCGACAUAUCCGCUUAACUGAAUCCUGCAAGUACUGGGUUCAGGACACUAUUAAGUUGCGAUACCGGGGGCUUGAGGCGGCACAAACAGCUUCUCGUGAGCGUUGUAUGGCUAGUCGGCGGAAAGCUUCCCAGGCUGAUUCCGGGCAACGAUCGGCCUCGGAUAAAAAGGAUUAUUCAAGGAUGGUCUCUUGGUUGUCACGAGAAACUGCUUUGUCGACCGCUGCAACAAAUGCAGCUGCAAAUGCACCGGGCUAUACGACUCUAUACAAGGUUAAUGACCAAGCUCAGCUUGAUAGGGUAUUUGGCAAUAAUGGCCAUGUUAAUGUUGGUUGGCUUCUCUCUCGGAAAGCUGCUGAUUUCUCGUUAGUACAAGAAGAUCUGUACUUGGUUCUUGACCGAGAAGUGGCCGAGUAUCAUGCCUGCUAUAUGAAGCGCCGUAGUAUAUGCAGCGCGGUUGGCAUUAUCCACAUCGCUAUUCCGAACUCGGUUAUUGAGUCUCUCUCUCCACCCGACAUCCAGCAUAUCUAUUGGCCUAGCACAGAGUGGAAGUCGCUUAUCUUCAAUUGUCGCCGGCAGCAAGUACCACUCCUAUCCGAACUGCAAAAGUACAAUCUGGCCACUAUUCUGGUUGGGACCAUUUGUGGGAAAUCGAACAUUUCUUUUCGCAAUAUGCUAUCUCCGGAUGAAGUGACAGAGCGUAUGGUUCUCAAACCCAAAGAUGGACGUAACGCCAUUCAGUACGUUUUCAAAGGGGAAGAUGGGUUUAUUUUGGUGGAGGAUUCCAGCAGGGUUGUGGUCUUCCCUUUAACGACACGGGAGUUUGAGGCAUGGAGUGACGCUGUCUAG